AUGCCCCCCGCACCACCAACCAAGUUUGCCCGCACAUCCAUCGAAGGCUGGAGCCGCAAGCGCUCCGUCUCACCCGCAUCGGCAGCACCACCAUCUCGCAAGAUGGUCUCGUCCGCCCUGCAGCCGAGCCCUGAACUGAUCAGUGGCACGUCCACCCUUGUGUCCGAGCCACAGCAGUUCGUCCCCAAGCGCUCAGAUGAUGGUUACUUCUACGAGGAGGAGUACCGCGACGAGCACCUUGCGUGGCUGUUCGAGAUGGAGCUGCAGACGCUCGCCCAGCCCGAGCUCAUGGACCAACAGCCAGAGCUUCAGUGGCGCAUGCGGCCGUACCUGAUCGACUUCAUCAUCGAGAUCCACCUCCAGUUUAGGCUGCGCCCCGAAGUGUUGUACCUUGCGUGCAACAUCAUCGACCGCUACGUCUCGCGACGCGUCGUCUACAAAAAGCACUACCAGCUGGUGGGCUGUGCUUCGCUUUGGAUCGCCGCAAAGUUUGAGGACUCCAAGGAGCGUGUCCCGCUUGUCCGCGAGUUUUACGACAUGUGCUGCGGUGCAUACGAGCAGUCGGCUUUCAUUCAGAUGGAGGGUCACAUCCUCACCACCAUCCAGUGGGCCAUCGGCCACCCCUCCGCCGAGGCUUGGCUUCGCCACCUCACCAUGGACCCUUCAGCAGCCCUCAACGAGGACGCGACUGUGUCGUCGAUGGCUCGGUACCUCAUGGAGCUCACCCUCUACCGCCGCGAGUUUAUCGGUGUCCGCCCUCACGUCAUCGCAUGGGGAGCCCUCCGCCUGUCCCGUUACAUCCUUGACCAGGACGCGAAGAAGCCGGCCCCAGACUUCAUCACCCCUUCGAAUGACGCCGCCGCCACGCGUGUCGCCGAGGCGAUCGACAGGACCUUUGUGGACGCCCUGAACGAUGUACCCCUCGCGCUGUCGGAGAUUGUUGUUAAGAAGUACGCCAUCGGGUGGCACAACCGAAUCUCUGGGAUCGUGCGCCAGUUUUACCGUAACGGCAAUCGUUACCGCCCCUACCCCGAGACCCCUUGUACCCCUUACUCGAACGGCCUCCCCACGCCAAGCCUCACUCCCUCAUCCUGGGGGGGCAAGCGUGGCGCCAUGGCUCGGACCAGCCCCAGCCCUGGUGGCUCGUACAGCUGUUCCUCUUCCGAGGCGGGGGAUGAACCCAUCACCCCAAUCACGCCGCUCACCUCGCAUCCUGGUACCAUCGUCGACGUCGACUACGUCUCGGCCAAGGACACCACGUUCGUUACUGGCAAGGACGCCCACUACGUGGCGAUCAAGGAGAACAUCGCACCCUCCGGGUCAUCUGCUAGUAAGGCCAUGCCCCCACCGUCGGCGUACCAGGCGCGGCCAGCGCUCCAUGCUCUCCCAAGCUCGCUCGCAAUCCCGCAGCGGGCAGUGCGUCGGCUAAGCAGCUAG